UGUACGUCCCCCGGGGAAUUACCGUACGGUCCCUCAUCUCCUUCAACAUGGCUGCCACACGAAGUGAGAGUGAAGUCGACUCAGCAAUCGCAUCAGUUUUGGCUGAACUGGACGGCAUUCCUUCACUAAAACCUGAGCAAAUUGAGGCCUUGAAGGCUUUCGCUGGUGGGAAAGAUGUUUUGGCGUUCUUACCCCCUGGGUUUGGCAAAGAUUUGGUCUAUCAGAUCGCCCCAAUGGUGUUCGAAAAGUUAGGUCGCGUCAACCCUAUUGUCAUCGUGUUGACACCGCGGGUGGCUCUGAUCAAGGAGUUUCAAAACACGGAGCAUCUUCAGCCCGUGGACUUGAUGGAGGACAAAAUACGAGAAGCGACAAAAGUUGGUGUGAAAGUGGCACAGCUUGGUGGGAAUGACGCCGAAGGGAUCGCGAAAGGAGAGUUCCCGCUCGUGUUGGGAGGUCCAGAGCGGUGGAUGCUGGAAGAUGAGUGGAGGGACAUGCUGUCUUCUGCAGUCUACCGGGAAAACCUCGCUGGAGUUGUUGUAGACGACGCCCAUCUGGCAUACAAAUGGGGCCGGCAGUCAAAAUAUCAGUCUGAACUCAGACAAGCCUUCUAUGAACUUCCAGAGCUCAGGUCUCUGGUAAAGGAAGGAACCCCGAUCAUGGCGCUGACAGCAUCAGCAGACCUGCAGGCUGUGGGGAGGGUGAGGAGCAUCUUGCAGCUGGAGGAAGCCCACGUUGUAAGAGCCAGUCCCAACAAGCGCAGUGUUCGACUAGCUCUUGUACCCUUUCCUGAUGACAUGUGCAAGAUGGAAUCUCUUGACUGGAUAGUUGAUGAAGUGCGCGACAAAGGGCUGGAUAUGGAGUGUAUCAUUAUUUACUGUAGACACUUAAAUGCAGUGGGGAAAGUGUUUAGCUAUCUCAAGCAUGAACUGGGAGAUGAUGCCUGGAUUGGGGAGGAGAAGAUCUCUGCUAAUAUGCUCAUUGGAAUAUACCACAGUGCUACUCUGGCCAAGCUCAAGGACAGAGUUAGGAGAUCCUUAGUGGGAGAGGGGAGCUGUAGGGUGGUGGUGGCUACUGCUGCCCUGGGUCAGGGGAUUGACGUCAAGAAUGUUGGCAAAGUCGUGAUGUACGGUCCUCCAGAGGACAUGGAGAAUAUUCUCCUGAUGAUGAGCAGAGCAGGCUGUGAGGGUAAGGAGGGUCAGGCCGUGUUGUAUUACAAGGAUGAGCAACUCAUGAAAGUUGAUAAAGCUGUGAAAGAGUUUGUGGAAGGGAACAGUGGCGAAACUUGUAUCAGGAAACGGUUGGUGGGUCAUUUUGAAGACACUCCUGUAUCUGUACAGCCAGGCCAUAAGUGUUGCACCAGCUGCCACGGUACAUGUAAGUGUGCAGGUGAUGAUUGCUCUAUGUCAUGUUCACUGUCUGAAAAGCUUUUCAACAAAUCAGAGUUCAACUGGCCAGGCCAAACUAGAGAGGUAGAUGAGGAACAGCAAGAGCUUUUAAGGGAGUUGUUGUUGGAGUACCAGGCAUCCCUGCAUCCCAAUGUUCCACUUUUCUUACCUGCUCAGUGUUACCAUUUGUUCACUGAUGAACUGAUUGACGCUGUUGUUGAACACUGUGCUCAUAUAUUCACGCUAGAGGAUGUGAACAAACUACCUGUGUUCCGUCAGGCACAUGCCAAGGAAAUCUUACUUAUCAUCUCCGAAGUGUUUAAUGACAUUCCACAUCCAGGUUUUGAGACAGAGUUAGAUGCUGAGUCAGAACAGUCUAAAGAGAAAGCUUCCUUUGAUUGUUACUACACAGGGUACUUUGAUGGGCCGUCUUCUGGUGAAAGUGAGAAUGACGAUAUAUUCUUUGAACCAGACUCUGAUUCAGAGGAAGAAAGUUAGUGCCCCAAGUUAGUAGCUUACAAGUACAUGUAGUUGUCAUGGUUCGGUAUCAUAGAAUAGUUCUCAAGAAGUUGAAAUUCAUAUGAACUGAGUAUCAUGGGGUUGAUAGUACAUUGGAGUUUUCUUGCACACUUCCAUUUUAAUAGCUUUCAUCAGCAAAAGGUUUGGUGCUAGUCAGUCUACUACUAACCACAUCAUGAUGACUGGAGCUACCAGGAUUUGGGGGGAGGGGGGAGGAGGAUACAGACUCAGCCAUGUUAGGUUGGCAUUGUUACUUCAAUGCCCCCUUGUGGCAAGAGGCAGCUCUGCACUCUACUGAAUAAAGUAGACAGACAUGUUAUGUUGCUUACAUGGUUACUUGUGUUCAAAUGAAGUAAGAUCAUGCAUAGUUUUCAUUCUAGGUAGUUUGAUAUACUGGUACGUGUAGUGCAAGAUGACAAAAAGGUACAUUCAUAGACAUUUAUUUACCUUUCACAGUUUUGUAAUUCAGAAUACUACAUGUAUGUGCAAGCUGUAAACUGGUAUAUAUGUUUAUGUUUAUCACUUGGUUUAACAUUUGGUUACAUUGUUAUAAGCCAUAGUAAGCAAAAUACUUACAACUGCACUUGCUAAGAUACAGGCACUUUCAUGUAAUAUGUACAUUGAGCAAUAACAUAAGUCUGCAAAAUCAUGCACAUGUAUUAUCAUGCAUCUCAUUGUACAAGCAACGUUUCACACUUAUAGUACUUAAGUUUUCUAGUUUGAAUAAAUAUGACUUUCAUAACCUGUA